GCGAGUGCGCUCCGCCGUGACACGGAUGCGACUCGGAAGAGACACUCGGCCAGGAAGAGGAGCCACUCUACCGAGAAGAGAGGCCACCGCAUCGACAGGCCGCGAAGACACCACGCCAAGAGGACACGGCAGGUCGUCAUGUCGCAAAUCCACGACAAACACUAGAAUUAAUGCCUCAAGUCACAAAGCUACGAAGAAAACUAUCGUUAUGGAUGCAAAUUCUAAACGUAAAAAUAACAAAAAUACAAAGGCAUGUUUAAAAAGUCAACAACUGGAAAACAUCAAAUUGGAAGAUGACAACAAGCUUGAAGAAGUUUUUCCAUGGUUAUCAAAAUUCAAUAAAGAUAUACGUUCAUGCGCAGGAAGUAGAAGUUAUCAACAUCUCAAACAAUUGCUUUCGCUCUACAUCCAGAAUAUUGUUUCUAGCAUAGCAGAGAACAAAGUUAAAUUUUGUGAUGAAAUUAAUUUGAAAAAUCAUAUUAAUAAAAUGUUGAUAUUCUUUCAUUUAUAUUGGCUUGAUAUAAAACAGGACAUAACUGAUCACAGUCAAUAUUUAAAUAAAAUAUCAGCUUUGCUGUAUGUGUACAUAGACAUGGAGCUAAAAACUUCCACAGAAGAAAAAGUUUCUAGUCAUGUUAGAGAUUCUUCUAAAAUUGCUGCAAAGAAAAUUCUUGCAGCAUUGUACAUAUACUUAAAUAAUUCGGAAGAGCAUAUUUUCAGGGUAUUACUUAGACUUAAAUAUACGAAUAUACAAACAGAAGAAUAUACAAAUAUCUGCAAUCAUAUAUUUAUGAAGAGCUUUACUAAUCUCAAAACAAAGACGACAUCUAUAACCGAUGUAACUUAUAUCAGAUAUUUGCUCGCCUUUAGAAUGUGGAGAAAAAUGCAAGAAACAACAAAGAAGAACUCAAUUCUCAAGAAAUUUAUGCUUUCUGGGAAGAAGGAAGAGAUUAAUAAAUUAGCUCUAAUGCUAUUAGGACCGCGUAUGCCGGAAUUGCAAGACGAAUUAUUGAAAUUUGUGCCUAGACCACCUACGAAUCAAGUAACUACAGAUCCUGAAACACUAUGGUUAAUACAAUCAAAUCUAUUUGAUGAAGAGCAAGUUCAUAAAAAAUUCUUACUGUUUGAAGACGAAAUGGAUAAUUCUACAGGUUUACAAUGUGCUAAAACAAUUCAUGCUGAUCAAAGUUGUUCGAAGAUUCAGAAGCAUCAGAUGAAUUCGUUAUUUCGUCGAAGCAACUCUAAUGGAGAUACAUCUCAGCAAAAAAUAAAUAAGUGCUUAAAUGUUUUGCAAAACAAUAACAAUACGCUGUCAAAUAAUAAAAAUACAUCUUUGGAUCACACUUAUCUACAAAAAAAGGGAUCAAAAAGCCUUAAAUCAUUUAAAAAAAUAAGAAAAAAGUCCAAGAAAACUAUAAUAAUUGAUUUAACUGGAGAUGAUGAAAAAAGUAUUACUUGCAAAGUGAAAAGAAAAAGGACUAAACAAAAUUCGAAAUGUUUAUUUCUCAUGAAAAACAUUAUGAGAAGUAAUAAGCAUGUCAAUCCUUUGAAAUAUUCAGGCAAGUCUGUAAAUGCCGGUGUUAAUGAAUGUCCUAAUGACAACAAGAACUUGGAAGAAAAAAUUCGUUCAGAAUAUAAACUUGUUUAUGACGUCAAAAUUAGUGAUACAGAGAAUUGUACUUCAAUUAGCACUAAAUCUUCCUUAAAUGAUGUCUGUCAUAUUAAUCUUAAAAGAAAUGAGCAACUAAACGUAAUAAAGAAUCGGCUGAGUAAUACCUGUGUGGAAUUUGUGCAAAAAGAUGAAAAACAACACGAUUAUAAUUUGCAUUACUUGAAAUCACCAAUGUUUGCCGAUCAAAAUACUAAAGAGUUUAAAGCUACUGCAAAUGUUCUGAAAGAAAGUAAAUUAGAGAAUUGUGUAUCAUCAUAUGUGACAAUAGGAAAUGCAACUAAUUCUUAUGACAACUCGAUAACACAAGAUAAAAAGGCAUUAACAUCUCAGGAAGAAAGUGCCAUGGAGACAAUAUCUUUAAUCAAGACGUGCCAAAACAAUAUUGCAGAUCAGCAUUCUUUCAAACAAGAGUUGCCAACAAGCACAGAUUGUGGUGCGAUGCAGAAGUCGCACAAGUAUAAUUGUAAUACGAUGCCUGAUGUGCAUGAUAUUAUAAUAAAAAAAUUAAAAUCUAUAAAUGAUCAUAGUUCACAAAUUACGGAAAUUAUAAAACAGGAGGCAUGUCAUCAAGUUAACGAAUGUCCGAAUUGUUAUACAAAAAUUGAUUGUAAACCAUUUAGAUUUAUGAACAAUGACAUUAGCGCGGCAAAAGCACAAGGAACUUUGCAUAAUACAUUUAACGAUAAUGAAAAUGAUAUCAAAUUGGCUUGUGACACAAAUAUAAUUUACACAUUGAGAGAUUGUAAUAAAUGUGUUUAUGUUGGUAAUCAUAUUGAUAAACGUGUCAUGCUAUACGCUGAAAAGAGAAUGCAAUGUCUAAAUAAUUCUAAUGACGUAUGUACUGUUUCAACCACGUUUACCGGAGAUGAAAUUGUAAAAUCAUCAUUGGACAGUCAACAUAUUAAUUUUGAUAAUAGAAGAAAAUAUGACUAUGAAGACGCUCUCAAAUAUUCUAAAAAUGAUACAAUGAAGGAACAAGGAAGAAGCGAUUGCGAUACUUCAAUGUUAAACGAAUCAUUACAUUCCUCUGAACUUUGUACAUUUGAUAUCGACUCUUUCGAAAUAGAUUCCAAAGAAGCUAGCGAAAUAAUGAAAACUGAUUAUAUAAGUGACUUUGAAAAUAUUAGUUUCUCACAUAAUAUUCAAACUGAAACUUUGGAAGAUAUAUUAUCGAAUGAUACUACUAAUUUCCUACCUCUGAAACAGUCUCUCUUCGAAUUAGAUAAUGUGUAUACAGAUACAUCCGUAAACAAGAAAAACGUCCUGUGCAAUAAUCAAAAUGAUGUUAUUGAUAGUAGUGUAGACCUAGUAGCCUCUCAUUUAAAUGCUGAUAAUACCUUUCUGCGAUUGCCAGCAAAGUCUGAUAAACCUAUGUCAGUAAAUCAUGAUAAGUUACAUCACAAUAUCAAAUAUCUUUGUUAACUAAUUCAAAUAUCUUUUAGGUUCCAAGAAGCUAUGGAAUUUCGAUAUUCUUCCUGAUAAGUUAAAUAAUGACGCCUUAAUUAAAUGUUUUUAUGUUUGUAAAAAAAAAGAUGUUGAAGGCUUUUACAUCCUGGAGGAUAAACUAAAUCAUUCUUUAAAUGAAUUUUAUAUAUCUGAGAAUAUUUUAUCAAAUUUACUAACAAAUUACUUAAUAUCAACCAAAGUGAAAAUUCUGCCUCAACAUCAUAUUGCAUAAAAUAUGUAUUUUUGUGCUUGGAUAAUUCUGGUGGUCUUUCAAUUGAGUUUCAAAUGAGAUCUUAAUUCUAAAUAUUAUAUAUUUGUGAAAUAACUACCAAGUCAGCGAUAUAAAUUAUGAAGAGAUUAUUUAUUAAAGAAAUUAUGAAGAAAUACAAUAACGAUAACAAAGUGUUCUGAUAUUCAGGAAAAAAUGUUGAGAAAUCUGCAGCCUCAAAAGAUGAGGCUACAUAAAGUUUCUAAAGCAUUUUAUAUACUUCUGGGUAUAUCCAUCUGCCACCAACAAAUCGCUUAAGAUCAUAAAAGGAUUGUUCUAAUAUCUUAUACAACUGUCUAAGACAUAAUUUCAUUUCAAUGAAUUUUAAUAGCAACUUAAGACUAAAUCAUGAUGGUUAUAACAGAGACCGUAGACUAUAAGAUAACAAAUAUCAUUAAGAAGUAGAAUGUCAAAUGUAUCAAAUUACCAUCCACUGAAGAAACACCUGAGAAGAAAAAAAGAAUUAUACCUAUAAUUUUGCCUCUUCUGAACACUAACAAAAACCUAUUCAUCAUUAUGAUGUGUGAGUUUUACUUUCUACAAUAAAAGAGCUUAUAUAUGCAGAAAAACAUGGAAAAUAAUGCAGUUGGGCGUUGAUUCACGUUUAUGAACCUGAAGAAGUCGCCAAUUUUUAACUACUUGCAUAAUGCGCUAAGUCUCGUAACUUGAUGAUUGAAAUAAAAAUUGGACACACGAAAAUUAUUAUCAUAUAAAAAGCUUCCAAGUUGUUAAUACACAACACAAUGUAACUCGUAACAAUUAUUCAGACAUAAUCUAUAAGAUCAGAAGUCUGUAUAGAAACGGUUCUUUUAAGUUAUGCUUCGUGAUUAUAGAUUAUCGUAUCAUAUGAUCAAGAAGCAUUUGUGAUAGAUUUUUUUUUAGAAAUAUGUAUUUUAUGUAUAUAUACACUUUGCGCAUGUAUAUUAUUUUAUAGUUGCAUUUAAAUAUUAAGUAAAUAUAUGAAUAAUGCGAAGUACGUGUUGAAGAAAGAGAAGAAAAACUAAUAAGUAGUGAAUCACAUCUACUUUGGUAAAAGUUAAAUUUCUGAGGUAUAUUUCCAAAGUUAUUGCAGAAGUAGAUUUAAUAGGAAUAACUAACAAAGAACAUUUUAUUACACGGAUUAUUAUAUUUAAAGAAAAUACAAGAUAUUUUACCUUGAAUUUUAAAUAAGGUGGAAAUGAUCAAUAACGGUUAUAUUAAUUAUUGGAAUUAAUACUCUCUAAGUAUACCAGUACUGAAUAUAUAGUUCGAAAAAUUUACAAUUUGACAAAGUCUCAUAUACACAAACACAAUUAGAAAUAAUUUUUAUAUAUUAUGUAUAACUAUAGUAUAUAUUGUCUUUGCUUUUUUUUAAGCUUAAUUUAAUGAUUAGUGAAAUAAUAAGAGAACAUAACACUGAAAACUCGCUAAAUAUUUUAUUGUGCACAUUUAUUGCUAUUAGGCAAUAAAAAAAGACAUUUACUCUCUUACGUAAUUUAUUUUUAAUUUUUCUGACGUAUACAUAAAAAUCUAAACCAAAUCAUAACUUGCAUGAAGUCUCUUAUGCUGUUUUAAUUAUUAUAAAAUUAUUUUAAUUAAAUAAUUGAGAUAUACUUAGGGAAAUAACCUUUACAAAUAUUAUUUCCUGCAUUAAUUAUUAUAGAUAGUUACAAAUUUAUUAUAGUUUAUUCUAGUCAAUGAGAUUGAGAAGAGUUCUUGAUACAAAAAGAGUCCUAUAAUAUUUAGUAUUGAGAUGUUUAAUCUGUUGUAUAUUUCUUAUUAUCGAUAUCUCAUAUAGACUGAUUUUAAGGUACCUUAUAUUUCAUACACAAGUAGAUGAAAAUUAUAGACAUUAUUAUUAUUAUUAUUAUUAUUAUUAUUAUUAUUAGUAUUAUUAUUAUUGAACCAAGUGUUUUAAAAUUUAACGAUACUAUGAUAGAUUGAUGUCAAAAUAGUUAUUCAAGCUUUUUUUCCAAGAUAAAUUUGAUAAGGCAAGUUUAGAAUAUAUAUAUAAACAUUGCUUUAUGCUCAACGAACCAUACACUUUCGAAAUUUACUUUGUCUCAUUAAAACAGUUUAUAGAUGAAAUUAAGGUCGAUAUUCAUAGUUCAAUUUUAAGUUCAGGUUCGUUUUAAGUCUAGUCACGGGCAGACUUAAGACUUCAUUCAACCAAUGAAAUAACAGUACAACUCAAGAUCAUAUUUAAGAUCAUCUUGUAUAUAAUAUCGGACUAUGAAUAUCGUUCUAAAUAAAAAUUUACUUGUGAAUCAUACAAAGUUCACAUAAGUACCUCGCCUCGCAUCUGACGCGAGAUGCUUUGUAACGAGUCUUUAAAGAAAGUUACACAUUCCUAUUUUUUCAUAUAUUUUAUUUUUAAACUGUAAAUUUUACAAAAUAAAAUCACAGGGUCUUGAUGCUUGCUAUAUUUAUUGCUGUGAAGAUAAUUUAGUCCUUAUAUUGAAUUUCCUGAAUGAUUAAAAUACAUUGUGUGUAGAAGUAUUCUUUUAAGACUUUGUACUUAGCUAGAUAGAAGAGAAAACGUAACUGCGUGUAAAUGUUUGCAAAAUAGACGAUAGCUAUUUUAAAUUGCACGUAUAUAAGUUGCAGAAAAAAAUAUUUUGUAUCUCUAAAGUUGCAUAUUAUAAGAGAAUAUAUACAAAAUGACCAUAAAUUUGAGCACGUGUUCUGCACGCUCUAUAUAAAUAGAGUAUGCGUGAAAAUUUAUAACUUCCGUUGUAUAUCCUCGGAUAUUUUAUAUUUAUUAUAGAGAAUCUCACAUUCCACUGAAAAAAGUGGAUCACAUUAUAUUCUAAAAAAAAAAUAUAUAGAAUAUAUAGAUAGAUAUAUGUGUGUGUACAUUAUAUAUAUAUAUAUAUAUAUACACACACACACACACACACACAUUAUGUAAUUCGAAAGAUUGCAUAAUUCAAAGUUUACAGCCAAUACAUAGAUAGUAAAUAAAUGAAAUAUAUUCUCUAGAAUAAAGUUUAUCCGAAAAAAGUUCUUACUAAUUUUAACCAAAAUACAGUGCCCUGAUAAACGUAUAUUUAAAAAACUGCAUACGAAUAUAUAUUUCAAUAUAGUACAUUUCAAUACAUUACUAAAUAAUAAUUAUACAAAUAACAAAUAAAUAUCAAUUCUUACACAAGCAAUAACAUUGCUUCGUCAUAAAAUCAAUGAUAUUCCAUUUGGUGAAGAUUCAUUUUCUGGGAAUAGUGCAAUGGAAGCUUUAAAACUGUUUCCUUUAUUGCAUUAUAUUGUACAUGGUUUUUUUGUUGAAUGUACAUGUCAGCGAUUUAAAACGUAAUUCUAAUCCUUUUCUGCAAACUUUAUAGUAAAAUGUUAUUUAUUUACAACUUCAUCCUCUAGGCCUAAGAACACAGCUGUAUCUUUUUUCAUUCUUAUAUAUACAAAAUAUUUAUGUAAUAAAUACUGUAUGUGUGUAUUGUGUAUAAGGAACUUCUAUCAAAUUUGUUAAAAGAAGUCAGACCUGGUUAUGCAGUUUAUAUACGUAGGAGUUUUGAAGUAAUAUACAAACUUAUUAUAUAUACAUAUAUAUCUAUCAAAUUAUGUAAAAUGUGUUAUGUUGCGUUAUGUUUCUUUGUAAAAUAUCAAUAUGAAAGGCAGAAUAUGUUUAAACAACGCUUUCACACGAUUUUAAAACAAAUUCACUCGCUUACCGCUCAUACUGCGUAAAAUAUUUAAGUAUGCAGGUAGAUUAAUAAAGAUAUAAUGAUAUUUAGUCGAAUACUUUGUGAAUCAUGCAAUACAUCUCCUAAUUUAUCGAAUUCAAAUUUUUAUGUAUGAACCAUUAAUGUUUUUUACAUGAAAAUGUUCAUAAAUCUUCAUGUAUAAGUCAAGUGUGUAUAUGUGUAGAUCUAUGAUAAAUUAAUUUUAAUUAAUUUUUCGAUAUUAAUUGCAUUUUAUGUAUAAAAAGAUCGUAUUGUGAUAAGUUAAAUCCACAAUGUACAACAAUACAGAGACUGAAAAAAAGAAUAAAAGUUCAAUUUUUAAUA